AUGAACCCAUUCGAUACACCGCAUAGCGAAGGCGGCCCGGACAGCCGCCGGCCGCAGCGGUCAAGUCAGCCGCCGCUGCCGCCGCUCGAGAUUCCGGGCAACCGGGCAUCGCAGGGCCAGCACCGGCCGCCGCACCAUGCUCAGGCGCCGGUCUACAACGAAGCAGCCUACGGCGCUCCUCCUCGUGGAGGGGCACCCCCAUACGCCGCCUACGGCCAGGGGCCGCCGCCAGGCUCCUCGGGCCGUGGUGCUGGAGGGGCGGGUGCAGCGCCUGGCCCUGCCGUGUCGUUCCAAGUGCCGCAGCCGCAGCGGAUGCAGCCUCAGCGGGCCGCCCCUUCGCGCGACUCGGUCAAGUCGUACGGCGACGACCGCAAGGGCAGCAUGCCCGACCUCGCCCGCCUCGACAGCAGCACGAGCGCGCUCAACAACGUCAACACGCUUGACCCCGAGGCCGGAUUCUCGGCGCAGAACCCCAACUUCCGGAGAAAGAAGUCGCUCGUCCGGCCCGAUCGCGAGCGCAUGGAUCCCAACCACCGCCAGUGGUAUUACCGCAACCAUGCCGCGCAGAUGGACAUCGCGGACAGCAACGGCGGCGGCCGGGUCGGCUACAUGCCGUCCACCACGGGACACCUGCCCCAGCACGGUGCAGCCCCGCACGGCGCCGGCAUGGCUCACAUUGUCGGGCCCGGGGGCGGUCUCAGUGGCCUCGGCGUGGCGGGUCCGCCGCCCAACAUGCCGCCGGGCGGCCUCGGGCGGACCGCGCCGCUGCGACGCGGCAAGUCGAUCCUCGGCCGCGACGAAGACCAGGUGGAGAGCGGCAUCAACGUGCUCAAGCGCGGCGUCAGCCUGCGGCGGAACAAGUCGCAGUCGGGCGCGCACUCCAAGGAGGUGCCGCGCGACCUCGGCGAGGCGAAGCAGUCGUCGAUUGCGCCCGGGCCCGUUGGAGCCUGGAUGAUUUACUGCUACUUCCUCACGAUCUGCUGCCCCUCGCCGGUGCUCAAGGUGUUUGGCAUCAAGACGCCCGAGCAGCAGCGCGCCUGGAGGGAAAAGAUGGGCCUGAUCAGCGUCGUCUUUCUCUGUAUGGCGGCCGUCGGCUUCCUCACCUUCGGCUUCACCCAGGCCAUCUGCGGCGACCAGGCCACCCGCUACGAGCUCGGCAAGAUUGACGGCGGCUCGAUGGUCUUCCACGGCUACGACUACGACUUUGACCACUUCUUCCACCCGCAGGUGGGCCUCUUCAACGCCACGGGCAUCUACAACAAGACCAACCCCAUCUACUCGGAGCCCUGGUCGUCGGGCGGCAUGGACGGUAGCCUGCUCUUCCAGAAGGUCGGCGGCGCGUGCACCGACCUGAUCAAGAACCGCGCGGGCGGCGGCCAGCCUGACAACUACUUCCCCUGCACCCUGCUCCGCCAGAACGGCAAGGGCGCCUACAACAACGCCAAGCAGUGCCACCCGACCAACAUGCGCAACCUGUUCGACGUCAAGUCCGGCGCCAACGUCAGCAACACGCCCAUCGUCCGCCGCGGACAGGUCUCGCUCAGCUGGGACAAUGUCACCGACACGCGCCGCAACCUGGCCGUCUACCGCGGUUCCGUCCUGGACCUCGGCCUGCUGUCCAACCUUAGCCAGACGGUCACCUACCCGCCCCUCUUCGACACGCUCAAGCGGAGGAACGAGUCUUGGGCAGGCAAAGACAUCACCGCCAGCGUCAUGCGCGGCAAACUCGACGACCAGUUUGACUGCCUCGACCAGAUCGUCCGCGUCGGCUUCAUCGACUCGGAGACGAUCGGCUGCGUUGCCUCCAAGGUCGAGCUCUAUCUCGCGCUCGUCUUCAUCCUCGGCGUCGUCGGCAUCAAGUUCUUCAUGGCGCUCAUCUUUGGCUGGUUCCUCUCGUGGCGGCUGGGCAACUAUGCCCACGAGACCUACGAGCAGCGGAUGAAGCGGGCCGCCGAGAUCGAGCAGUGGUCCGACGACAUCUACCGACCGGCGCCCGCAGGCUACCGCCCCAACGCCCGCAAGCACAAGUCGUUCCUGCCGACCCAGAGCCGCUUCAGCGUCGCCGAUCCGCUCAGCAUGAAGAGCGGGCCGGGCGCCGCCGCCAACCGCAACACGCUGUUCAACGAGAAGCGAGCCACCCGCGCCCGGCUGGGCGUCGGCAGCCCGCUCGGCGGCUCCCCUCCCGGCUCUCCUCUGCUCCACGGCGCUCGCAGCUCGGCCUCGCUCGUCCAGGGCUCCGGACGCGACCACUCGCGCCGAUCCUCGUUCUCCGGCGCCACGAGCGGCGGCGGCGGCGACGGCAACUCGAUGGCGUGCCCCUUCCCGCUGCACAACAUUGUGCCCCAGCCUGGCCCCGACUACCAGCCGUUUGGCUUCCCGCUGGCCCACUCGAUCUGCCUGGUCACUGCCUACUCGGAGUCGUUCGAGGGACUGCGGACGACGCUCGACAGCCUCGCCACCACCGACUACCCGAACAGCCACAAGCUGUUGCUGGUCAUCGCCGACGGCAUCGUCAAGGGUGCCGGCUCCGACAUCUCGACGCCCGACAUCUGCCUGUCGAUGAUGAAGGAGCUCAUCGUGCCCGCCGAGGAGGUCGAGGGCAACUCGUACGUCGCCAUCGCCGACGGCCACAAGCGCCACAACAUGUGCAAGAUCUACGCCGGCUUCUACGACUACGACGACGAGACCGUCGAGCGGUCCAAGCAGCAAAAGGUGCCCAUGAUCCUCGUCGCCAAGUGCGGCACGCCCAUGGAGGCCGACAGCGCCAAGCCGGGCAACCGCGGCAAGCGCGACUCGCAGGUGCUGCUGAUGGCCUUCAUGCAGAAGGUCAUGUUCGACGAGAGGAUGACGACUUUCGAGUACGAGUUCUUCAACUCGAUAUGGCGCGUCACGGGCGUGGCGCCGGACCGGUACGAGAUUGUUCUCUGCGUCGACGCCGACACCAAGGUCUUCCCGGACUCGCUGUCGCGCAUGGUGGCCUGCAUGGUCGAGGACCCGGAGAUCAUGGGCCUCUGCGGCGAGACCAAGAUCGCCAACAAGGCCGAGACCUGGGUCACCAUGAUCCAGGUGUUCGAGUACUACAUCUCGCACCACCAGACAAAGGCGUUCGAGGCGUGCUUUGGCGGCGUCACCUGCCUGCCUGGCUGCUUCAGCGCCUACCGGAUCAAGGCGCCCAAGGGCCCCCACGGCUACUGGGUGCCCAUCCUGGCCAACCCGGACAUUGUCGAGCACUACUCGGAGAACGUCGUCGACACGCUGCACAAGAAGAACCUGCUGCUGCUGGGCGAGGACCGGUACCUGACGACGCUGAUGCUCAAGACGUUCCCCAAGCGCAAGAUGAUGUUUGUGCCACAGGCCGUCUGCAAGACGAUUGUGCCCGACACGUUCCGCAUCCUCCUCUCGCAGCGUCGCCGAUGGAUCAACUCGACCGUCCACAACCUCUUUGAGCUGGUGCUCGUCAAUGACCUCUGCGGCACAUUCUGCUUCUCGAUGCGCUUCGUCGUCUUCAUGGAGCUGGCGGGCACCCUGGUGCUGCCGGCCGCCAUCGCCUUCACCCUCUACGUCGUCGUCCAGGCCUUUAUCCCCGACAAGCCGACGCCCACCAUCCCGCUCAUCCUGCUCGCCCUCAUCCUCGGCCUGCCCGGCAUCCUCAUCAUCGUCACCACCCGCAAGAUCGCCUACGUCGGCUGGAUGCUCAUCUACCUGUGCUCGCUUCCCAUCUGGAACUUCGUCUUCCCCAUGUACGCCUACUGGCACAUGGACGACUUCACCUGGGGCGCCACCCGCGUCAUCCAGGGCGACGACAACAAGGCCCACGGCGACACCGAGGGCAAGUUUGACCCGUCGCACAUUGUCAUGAAGCGGUGGGCCGAGUUUGAGCGCGAGCGCCGCUGGAAGUCGGGCACCCACUCGCGCGACUCGACCUACGACGUCGUCCAGAGGACCGGGUCGCCGGAGCGCUCCGGCAGCACGCGCUACUCGGUCGUCUCGUCGGACACGUUCCACUCGAACCCGUCGGGCCAGCACGACCAGUUCGGCCGCGCGCUGCCCAGCUCGGCGCUGCUUUCGAACUCGCAGCACGGCCUGGACAAUGGCUCCGAGGGCGGUCACGCCAAGAGCGCAUCGGGCGCCCGGGCCCGCCUGGAUGCGGUGCCGCUGCUUGAGCUGCCGGCGCCGCUGGCCACCGACGCCAAGCAGCGCUCCAACGCCAGCUCCACGUCGCCGACCGGCCGAACCCUGGUGGAUGACGGUCCGGUGGCAUCCGCACAGGGCGUGCGGCAGGUGACGCGAGGCGCGCGUCGCAACUCGAACCAGGUGGCGUCGCCCGUCUCGCCGGCGGGCAGCGCGACGGGGGGUCGGUUCUCUGCGCUGCCGCCGGGCGCGGCGCCACCGAGCAGGAACCCUUACGACCAGUAG